AUGGAUAUUGUGGCCGACCUAGUGACGGGGCCGUACAGGGAGAUUAUCGAAAAGGGAAACACGGCGAUCGAGAAUGCGGGCGACAACCAGGAGAUGCUCUCUGCGAGCCAGAGGAUGGUCAAAGGUGCCGAGCGAUGCCUCAAGAUUAUUGAGCCGCUCUGCGCACGCCAUCUGAAGGGGUCAGAGGUCGCUUUUACGAAUGCGCUCAAGGAUAAUAAUGACAUUGCCGAGUUCAGGUUGCAAUUGACCGAUACGCUCUGGGACUUUGAUGAGUACACGGAAGCAGACACCUUCGACAAGGACAAGUACACGGAGCUGUGGGAACUGUGCAAGAAGUCGGGCGUGAAGAUUGGCGAGAUCCUCAAGAGGUUGAAGCUGGAGGCGCCUGCGGCACCCGUCGCCGCAACACCACCGGCCGUCACAAUUGAGAGUCAAACACCAGUCGUCCUGAUCGACUCGGGCAUUGUUCAUCCCCCGAGUGAGGCAGAGCCAAAGGUUGAAGAACUCGAGCCCCCUCCACCUCCCCCGACGAACCCAUGGGAUCUGAGGACGACUCCAACGAUUGAGACGGGGGCCACUUUGACCGAGACCAUCGAGAGGCGGCCGCCUGUGUCGACCAUGAGCUCUCCCGUCUCCGAGCCCAACAGCCCCGAGUACGAGAGAAGGUCGAGUUGCCUCUUGGAAAUCGGCGUAGACAGAUUGCUCACGGACGAGGAGCGGUAUCACAUGAGCCCGCAGGACAUGAGGCCCCCUCCUCUCUCACCGCGUGGGCGGACAUCCACGUUGAGCGCGCCCAUUCCGGGGGACCACGCGAUCCAGCCGCGGCCUCAUCGGUACUCACAAGCCAGCUCCGUUCAUUCCCAUCCCUCGAGGCAACGCUCGCUGGAGUCGAUGCACGGAUCAGUGUUUGACGGGUGGAAGGAAGAGGGGACGAGAAGCCCUGCCAUGACGGAUCAUCGCUCUUCAACGGCGUCCGGCCAAGACGGACAGCUGAUUCCACUGUCUCGAGGCGCAGUCAUACCGCCAAACUUCCCACCAGGCAUCCACGAAGGCAUCGAACGAGUCCCACUGGUUACGAAUGACUAUGAAGCGCCCAUACCGGUCGAUUCGGAGUCAACCCACAGCAGGCCCGCAUCCAUGAUGUCGGCUCGGCCAAAGGAUUGUAGUAUCGGCCUCAGCAGCUCGUUCUAUCUGUACAAAGGGUUCUGCGACGGGGCAAAGGAGGUCAUUCGAGGGGGCGCUGGCAUCAAGAAAGUCAAGAAGCCGGGCUUCUCCGGCGCGCACGUUGUUGCCCAGUGCGAAAGCUGCUACUAUGAGACCGACUUUAAUCAGAUGCAGGCAGACGUCAACUACGCAGAGGAAGCCAACUACCAGCUGAACAAGAUUGGCUACCGCGUCCGCUUCCUGCAGAAGAGUCAUAUCGCCACGAAACGCGCCGACGAGUCCCUCUACGGCUGCGUCUUUUGCGUGCAGUCCCAACAUACCCUCGAAGAGUGCGAUGCCACAGUCUUUUUCAGCCAGAAGAAGCUGUUUGAGCACCUUGCGCGCCACCCACGCCCGCUGCCGCAAGUCCCCGGGGUCACUGUGGUAGAGGAGGCAGAGAUCCCGUUCAACCUCCGGAACAACUAUGAUUUGCACUUCCGUGCUCCGCCGAAGCCGUCGCCGCUGGCAGACAAGCAGCUCGAGCUGGCGCAGCUACCGCACGCCACGGCCACGCAGACGGUGAAGCGGAUGUACGGGAUGCGGCUGCUGUACGACCAGACACCCGCGUUUGAGCUUGCAAACGGCGCCAGGCUCGGCGGAGUGGCAUUCCCUGCCAAGUACAACGGGGAGUGGAUCAUGGCGUGGCAUGAGGGAAACUACGGCUCCGCGCCGGUUGACGUGGUGAAGCUGGAGCCGCCACCCAGGGCGGAGAUCAAGAUGGACACGACGAGUAACAUCUCUGCGGUGGCACGGUGGAAGUUUGCGCCCAAGUCAAAGGACGGCGGCGACUGGCUCAAGUUUGAUCAGGGAGAGAGAAUCACAAACAUUAGCUGUAAGUUAACCGCUCUUACAUAUUGA